GCAGCAUUAACAUUCUCCUCUUCCUCACAACAGAAGCACAAACUGCUUUUAUUUCCAGACACUUUACUUGUUUUAGUUCCAAAUGUCAGUGUAUCCAAAUCUCUUUCUUCUAAGGUUGAACUUUACUACAUGAUACUGGAACGUUUGGGGAAGUAUCAGGAAGCCUUGGAUGUUGUUAGAGGAAAACUAGGAGAGAAGCUGACCAGUGAGCUCCAGAGUCGAGAGAAUAAGUGUAUGGCACUGUAUAAAAAACUGUGCAAGUGGCCAGAAUGCAACGCAUUGUCUAGGAGGUUGCUACUGAAAAACUCAGAUGAUUGGCAAUUCUAUAUAAUGUACUUUGAUUCAGUCUUUCAACUCAUUGACAAAUCCUGGACUCCUCCAGAAGAAGGAGAGCACUCUUUGGAGGGAGAAGUGCAUUAUUCUACAGAGCAAGCUGUGAAAUUUGUAGAGGAAAGAAUAACGGAAGAAGCUAAGAGCUCUCGGCCACUUCGGGGACCCUACUUAGCCAAGUUGGAGCUGAUUAGACGUUUGCAGCACAGGGAUUGUAAUGAUCAAUAUAAACUAGGUGACCCAGAAGAACUCAUGUUCCAAUACUUCAAAAAGUUUGGGGACAAACCCUGCUGUUUCACUGAUAUCAAGGUAUUUGUGGACCUUCUCCCAUCCACCCAGUGUACAAAGUUCAUCAGACAGUUGCUAGCUGUCAUUCCUUUGUCAGCACCAACAGAGGGUAAACUUGCACUGCCAGCGGACAUCAAAGCUUUGCAACAACACUUGUGUGUGGUACAGCUAACAAGAUUGCUUGGUCUCUAUCACACCAUUGAUAAAAAACAAAAGCUGAAUGUAGUCCAGGAGCUGAUGUUAAGAUAUCAGCAUGGAUUGGAGUUUGGGAAAUCUUGUUUGAAAACUGAAUUGCAGUUUUCAGAUUAUUACUGUCUGCUUGCAGUCCAUCUGCUCCUUGACAUGUGGCUAGAGGCAGGUGAAGAGAUCGCUGUGUGGCAGUCCUUGACUUUAUUAGAAGGAGGAUUAACCCGCAGUCCUUCUAAUGCUCAGUUCAAAUUGCUGCUCAUUCGAAUUUACUGCAUGCUUGGUGCAUUUGAACCUGUUGUGGAGCUUUAUUCCAGCCUUGAUGCUAAGCACAUACAGCACGACACCAUCGGAUACCUUCUGACACGCUAUGCAGAGUCCCUGGGUCAAUAUGCUGCUGCAUCCCAAUCGUGCAAUUUUGCACUCAGGUUUUUCCACUCCAACCAGAAAGAUGUAAGUGACACUAAUUUCUCUCAUGACUCCUCCUAACUAAGCAGUUGCGUUCUCUUCAAAAUAACUUGGACACAUGGC